CGAAUCUUAUCAGAUUUGAUCAGAUUGAAUUAGAUCUGGCAUGAACAAUAUCGAAUCGGAUUCAAAUAAGGGUUACUCUGAUUCAAUUCGAUCCGUUUGCAUCUCUACCAUUCAUGGAUACAAACUUAUACUCUUUGGAUCACAGGCUUACUUAUUGGGUCAAUCGAACGAGAGAGACCACCGUGCAGUUCUUUAGAUCAAUUUGAAACAAAUAAGAGAGUAGAAGAUGGGUUUACAACUAUGAACCCAUUUUGCAUUUAUGAACGAAAGAGAAGGUAUUUUGUAUUUAUAUAAAUUAUAAAGUAAACAUUUGUGUUUAUAUGGCAAACAAACGCAGCCACUCCGUAGGGAUCCAUCAUCUAUGUUCUAUCCAAUAAUAAGUGAAAAGAUUUCGGGUCGCCCGUAAUCCAAACGGAUAUUGUUCGCUGACCUUUCACGGGGAUUUUGAUUGGUGAGAGAAUGAGAGACCCUGAGAGGAAUCCUUCCGGUUCCGGUAUCAUUUCUUUCCGACAGGAUAGGUCUUUUCCUAACAUUAAAUGUCUUAACUGAAGUAUGACGUCAUUAUAGCAUGUUGAAUGGCUCUGAUUGAUCAGGAUGGCAUCAAUGCCCUGUUUCUAUUACAUAUCAAUGGCUUAGAUUUGCUCUAUAAAGUAACAGGUACCGAAGCUGGACUCUGUGCGAUGUUAGCGCACGACGGCACGAGGAAUUACUUAUAUACUAUAUACUACCGAGACUAGUUCUGUUUUCUUCCCGCUUUCUCUGUCCGGCAGAGAAGCACAGAAACCGAAAUCCAGAUCUAAAAUAAAAAGGCAGCAGAAAAACUUUGAAUUCUCCAUCGAAGCCAAGUGGAGGAAAAUCCAACUACUGGAAAUCUUUGUUAAGGACGUCAAUGGCGCUCAAUCUUCGACAGAAGCAGACAAGUUGUAUUAUUCGGAUGUUGAAUCUGAAUCAACCCUUGAACUCGAGCGGAAAUGUGGACGAAGAAGUUUACAAGAUCCUAGUGUAUGAUAAGUUCUGCCAAAACAUUCUCUCGCCCCUGAUCCAUGUCAAAGAGCUUAGGAAAUAUGGAGUUACACUUUACUUCCUCAUUGACAAGGAGAGGAGACCGGUUCCUGAUGUCCCAGCUGUCUACUUCGUCCAAUCGACUAAAUCCAACAUUCAGCGGAUCGUCGCCGAUGCCUCCGCUUCUCUCUACGAGAGCUUUCACCUAAAUUUCUCAUCGUCCAUUCCUCGACCAUUGCUCGAAGAUUUGGCCUCUGGAACCCUAAAAACUGAAUCAAUUCAACGAAUCUCCAAGGUGCACGACCAAUACUUGGAAUUUAUAACCCUAGAGGAUAGCAUGUUUUCCCUUGCGCAGAAGUCUUGUUAUGUGCAAUUGAAUGAUCCCUCGGCUGGGGAUCGCGAUAUUGAAGAGAUCGUAGAGAAGAUUGUCAGUGGGCUAUUCUGUGUUCUGGCAACACUUGCGGUCGUCCCCAUCAUAAGGUGCCCGCGAGGUGGGCCUGCAGAGAUGGUUGCUUCCGCACUUGAUUUACGACUGCGUGACCAUAUCAUAUCGAAGAAUAAUUUGUUCACUGAGGGAGGGAACUUGGGGAGUUCUUUCCAGCGUCCAAUUCUGUGUAUUUUUGACCGAAAUUUUGAGCUCUCAGUUGGAAUCCAACAUGACUUCAGGUACCGUCCCCUUGUCCAUGAUGUUCUUGGCCUAAAACUCAAUAAACUGACUGUGCAAGGGGAGAAGGGGGCCCCAAAAUCGUAUGAAAUGGACAAUUCAGAUCCGUUCUGGAUGGCAAAUGGGUCAUUGGAAUUCCCGGAAGUUGCAGUGGAGAUAGAGACCCAAUUAAACAAAUACAAAAAGGAUGUGGAUGAAGUGAACAAGCGGACUGGUGGACAGGAUGGGGCAGAUUUUGACAGCCAGGAUUUGAUUGGCAAUACCAAGCAUUUGAUGAAUGCUGUUAACUCACUACCUGAGCUGACAGAACGGAAGAAAAUCAUUGAUAAGCAUACCAACAUUGCUACAGUGCUUUUAGGUGAGAUCAAGGAGAGGUCCUUGGAUUCUUACGCAAAGAAGGAAAAUGAUAUGCUGGCAAAAGGAAGCAUCGAUCGAAAUGAAAUUCUUAGUGUUCUAAGGGGGAAAGGCUCAAAGGUUGAUAAGCUACGGUUUGCAAUCAUUUACCUUCUUUCUUUAGAAACCACACCUCAUUCAGACUUGGAAGCAGUGGAAGCAGCAUUAAGGGAAUCUGAGGUAGACACUUGUGCAUUUCAGUAUGUGAAGAAGAUAAAAUCACUAAAUGUCUCAUUGGCUUCAGUGAAUUCUGCUAGCAGGAGUAACAUUGUUGAUUGGGCUGAGAAGCUUUAUGGGCAGUCAAUAGGCGCUGUGACAGCAGGUAUGAAGAAUCUCUUGUCAAGUGAUCGACAGCUUGCACUAACGAGGACCGUAGAUGCACUAAUGGAGGGGAAACCAAACCCUGAAAUUGAAUCCUACCUCAUCUUUGACCCCCGAGCCCCAAAAUCAAACUCUGGGGCAAGCAGCCAUUUGAAAGGACCAUUCAAGGAAGCAAUUGUGUUCAUGAUAGGUGGUGGUAAUUACAUGGAGUAUGGGAGCUUGCAAGAGCUUGCACACCAGCAGCCAGCUAAGCAUGUUAUAUAUGGAACAACAGAGGUUCUUACAGGAGCAGAGUUUGUUGAGCAACUUACACUGUUGGGUCAAAAAAUGGGAUUAGGUGGUAGUGCUGCUUCUUUAUCCCAUUGAAGCUGAUAUCAUAUUUGAACGUUGGUCUUUGAUGGUGCAUUUGCAGAAGUGAACUUGCUUAUAUGAAGUUCAAAUUGUUGAAACUCUCCUGUUAAGAGAGGCAAGUUGUGUAUCUGAAUCUGUUGUCGGGAAAAGCUAUUUAAAGCAGAUUUUAAAGUGGAUUUUGCUAUCCAUUGCCUUCUGCUUUUGAGAUCAGCAUCAUGUUCAUUUGUGAGUGUUCAUUCACCAUUUACAUUUUCCUGUUUUUGCUUCUUCUUA